UUCUGCCUAGAAGAUGCUGCCCAACGGCGGCGGCGGCAAUCGGCCAUCCGCAAGCCGAUCGACCAUGACCCGUCGUUCGGAGUUCGACUUCAGUCCCCACGAGAAGCCAUCUCCGUUCCUUGGAGUUGUCAAGGUUGUCAUCAUGCUCGUGAACGUUGCGUUCAUGAUGGUUGCAGGCAUGUUGAUCUACUUCACCGCGUGGAUCCAGAGCCUGGGCUUGGUCGCGAUGUUUGGGUCCAACUACUCAUGGCUCUCGACCGCCAUGUUUGGAGUUGUGCUCGCGUUUGGGGUGCUGGUGAUCACAACGUCGUUGGUCGGGUGUUUGGGGGCGUGGGCAAAGAACAGGCACAUGCUGCUUGGGUACAUGUUCGUCCAAACGAUCAACCUGGUUGUGUUUGUGGUGAUUGCCGUCGGCGGGUUUCUCACACGCCGCAUGGCCCACUCGUUGCAAGCGAGUGCCACGCCUCGCCACGAAGAAGCUUCCUUUCCCAUGCACUUCAAUCCGCUGUACUGCCAAAGCCAAGUUGCGUACUACUGCUCUGCUGGAAGCGUCAGUGAAUCUCUCACGCUCUUCUUGGGUCCCUCUGUCGCGGCCAAAGCUCGAGGCGUCUUCGAUCAGCUAUACGGGUGGGACAUAGCUUGCAACAGCUCGCUCAUUCGCAUCACCGACACAGACUUGAGCCGACAAGUCAAUGCUACAUGCGCUUUAUGCGGGAAAUAUCCCGCCGCCAAGUACAGCGAGUUCUUGACGACUAUAGUGGGCACAUGCCCGCUCACACCCGACACGGCCAAGUGGUGCGGUGUAUACCUGACCACCGUGAACACGAGCUUCAGCAACGUAAGCUCCACACCCUACGGCGCGUGUAGAGCCCAAGUUUUGGACUUGUGGGUGCAUCUAAGCUCAUGGGUUGGAUUUGGGGCAGUGGGGGUCGCUCUUUUCUCGUACGAGACUGCUCCCAUGUUCAACACGACCUGAAUGAACCUUCGCUUCAGGCUUGCGAUCAUCGGGUUGUCCGUUCUUCUGCGCCAAUUGGUUUCGAAAGCCGAGGCCAUGGACACUGACGCCGACGACAAUCCUCGGACCACGUCGAUGUCUCCCAUAUUUCCACCAUUGCCCUCGCCGUUGGAAUCGGAUUACCAUGUGAUCCGGUCGCCUGUUCCUGUUUAAAUCCGACCAAGGCACGAGGAAUAAAUGUAUUUUUCGUGAAUCGUAGCAA